GAACAACCGUCUGCCGCUCCUCAGCUAUAGCCUCGCAUUCCCACCUCGCCCCUUCGCUGAUAGGCUGAGAAGUAGGUCUCCUCUGGGCAGCCAAUGAGGAGGUGAAUCGAAUUCCGACCAAUUGAAAACGUUUAUUGGGGUUAUGACGCGUCGUUGUGUUCUGACCAAUAAAAGUACGCAGAGGGAAUUCUUCUCAUUUGCAUAACGGAGCUAUAAAUACGUCGCACGCGGCUCCUUCCCCUCAAUUCGCUUUUGGCUCUUGCUUGUGCAGUACUUGGUGUCUGCGAUACACGCGCGUUUGCUGCGAUGCCCGAGCCGGCCAAGUCCGCCCCCGCGCCCAAGAAGGGCUCCAAGAAGGCGGUGACCAAGACGCAGAAGAAGGGCGACAAGAAGCGCAAGAAGAGCCGCAAGGAGAGCUACUCGAUCUACGUGUACAAGGUGCUGAAGCAGGUGCACCCCGACACGGGCAUCUCGUCCAAGGCCAUGGGCAUCAUGAACUCCUUCGUCAACGACAUCUUCGAGCGCAUCGCCGGCGAGGCCUCGCGCCUGGCGCACUACAACAAGCGCUCCACCAUCACCUCGCGGGAGAUCCAGACGGCCGUGCGGCUCCUGCUGCCCGGCGAGCUGGCCAAGCACGCCGUCUCCGAGGGCACCAAGGCUGUCACCAAGUACACCAGCUCCAAGUAGAGCGCCUCGGGCCGUCAGUUUUAACCCAAAGGCUCUUUUAAGAGCCACCUACCUUUUCAAUAAAGGGGCUGUACAGUCAAAUAUGGAAAAA